GUGGGGUGCUGUUUCUGCCUGUUCUUCCUCCAUCUUUCACGUGGAGGUCCCGCCGCGCCGAGAGGGAGCCUUUGAGGAGAGUAGUCCUGGGCCAACUCUGUCAGAAGCAGUAGCUGCAGCUGUAGCUGUAAAACCAGAAAAAUUUCGGGAGCCGGGCUCCUUCCCUCACGUAAAACAAGGAGACGUGGACCAUGUUUACUAAGAUUCCCUUUAAUCCAUCACAUCCUGUGAGCCGACCCUUGCCUUCAACUUUAGGACAGAGCUGCCGGAGCAAGGGAAGAACUGUGGCUGGGAGUCAGCAGGCCUGGCUUAGCUAAGGCUACACCCCUGACUCGCUGUUAACUCUGGCAAUAUCUUGUUUAAAUUUAAGUUGAAUUUAAGAUUGUUUCAGAUUGCAGGGUUGGAUUAGGUGAUCUUUUAGGGCCUUUUUAGCUCAGUGAAUAAAAUAGUUUCCCUGAGCCUGUUUAUUUAGGUUUAAAAUGAGCGUUUGAUUUGAUGACUCUUUCAGGUCCCUUCAAGAGCUCUUUACUUUGUGCUUUGAAUACUUAACGCUAUCACAUGCAAAGACUUUUAAUUGCACUCUGUAUAUUUAGGGUAGUAUUAUGCUUCGGAGAUAGUUUACCCUUGCUGUUUUCAAGAGAAUCAGGGUGGAGAAAAAACUGAGGAAGAAUUGGAGCUGGGGAUCAUAUGAUCUCUGCAGGGGUGAGGGAGUGCCUGGCAGCAGGAAAAAGGUUGAGGAAAGAUGAAAGAAGUGUUUCCAGAUAGGAUUAGUUGUCAUAAAAAGCAUGUAUGUGUCCAAGAACAACUGAGACUAAGGUGACUAAAUUUACCAUAAUUUUCUCCCACCAAGAUUUGUGUUUUGUCUUCUCUUUCGUGACUUUUGUUUCACACACUUGGUUUCUCUAUCCCAGUCAGAUUUGAUUCUAAGUGGCAGUCAUGUUUGAAGAACGAACAGAAACUUUAACCCUAGAGAUACUUUGUUUCAACUGUCACUGUCAAGGCAGCUCACCAAUAUAUAAGAAAAUUAAGUUGAAAACAAACUACAUAUUGAUCACAUUCAAUUGAAAAUUGAAAUUUGGAUUAAAAAUGAAAUAAUGAAUUUAAAUCUGCCUGAGAUGGAUACCUGUGUCAUCAAGAAGGAACAUCAUUGUUACUGACCUUCAUGAUGUUUGGUGGCUAUGAGACUAUAGAAGCAUAUGAAGAUGACCUUUAUCGUGAAGAGUCAUCUAGUGAACUGAGUGUUGAUAGUGAGGUGGAAUUUCAACUCUACAGCCAAGUUCAUUAUGCCCAAGAUCUUGGUAACAUCAUCAGGAAGGAAGAAUAUGAAGAAAAGAACCGUGGGAAUUCUGAAUUAUCAACUAGUAAACCAAAUCAGAAGAAUUUAAUUGUCCUUUCUGAUAGUGAGGUUAUCCAGCUUUCAGAUGGGUCAGAGGUUAUUACCUUGUCUGAUGAAGAUAGUAUUUAUAGAUAUAAAGGAAAGAAUAUUGGAGUGCAGGCACAAGACAAGGUGCAAGGUCCUUCUGCUUCUGUUCGAUCUAAUGAGUUGGCCGUUAAAGAAUGCAAGAGGGAUAUUGAGAAAACUAAACCUAAAGAGAGAUCAGGUAUAAUCCGAGAGGUCAUGAUUAUAGAGGUCAGUUCAAGUGAAGAGGAAGAGAGCACUAUUUCAGAAAGUGAUAAUGUGGAAAGCUGGAUGCUGCUGGGAAGUGAAGAAGAUGAUAAAGAUGAUGAUAUCCUUCUCAACCUUGUUGGAUGUGAAGACUCUGUUACUGAAGGAGAAGAUGGUGUGAAUUGGUUCAUCAGUGAAAAAGAUAUUGAGGCCCAGAUAGCUAAUAACAGAUCUCCUAGAAGAUUGGCCCAGCGAUACUACUCAGACUACAAAAACGUUAUCUGUAGAAAUUGUGACAAACGUGGCCAUUUGUCAAAAAACUGCCCCUUACCACAAAAAGUUCGUCCAUGCUUCUUGUGCUCCGAAAGAGGACAUUUACUAUAUUCCUGUCCAGCUGCCCAUUGCGUAAACUGUCCUUUGCCGAAGAAAUUGGGCCACAGAUGUCUUUUCAGAUACUCUUGGUCUAAACAAUGUGACCGAUGUCAUAUGCAAGGCCACUAUACUGAUGCUUGCCCAGAAAUCUGGAGGCAGUAUCACCUAACGACCAAACCUGGACCACCCAUAAAGCCGAAGACCCCUUCCAGACCAUCAGCCUUAGUAUAUUGCUACCUCUGUGCACAGAAAGGCCAUUAUGGACAUGAAUGUACAGAAAAAAAUGAAUAUGAAGAAUAUGUGGUAUCUCCAUUCAUCAGCUACUAUGAUGACAAAGAUGAAAUUCAAGAGAGGGAGAAGAGACUCAAACGAGAAAUAAAAGUACUCAAGAAAAAUGGGCACAUUCCAAUGAGUCUCAAGGCACCUUUUAUGGAAACAGAAGAUAAGAGCCCCUACCAUAAUUGGAGAAAGAGAUACCUCUUGUGGAAAAGCAUUAUGUGGCCUCAAGAAGAUAAAAAAAUGAAGAACAGGAAUAGAGACCAUGAGAAGCAUAGGAGAGGUGAAAGACAUCGUGAUGUGGAUGACGAUUUUCCCAGGGGCCCAAAAACUCACUCUCCUUCUGGCAGGAUUAAAACCCAGAAGGCUCAUAAGUCCUUUCAUCAUUCAUCGAGUUACCACAAGUCAAGAGAUGACAAGCUUCUCAAAGCAGGGAAGUGGGGCAAGCAGAAGAAAAAAGAGAAAUACUUGGAAGAUGAUAGCAAUGAUAAUUUAUUUCUUAUUAAGCAGAGGAAAAAAAAAAUUCUGAGUUGUUAGUCUCUGAUUUGACUUCUAAUUGUUUAUUUAGUCUUCAUGUUUAUAGCAUUCUGGCAGAAUUUUUGUUAUCUAUGAUGAAAUAGAAUUAAUUAUUUUUUUCAUUCCACCCAGAGUUGCUGAACAAAAACCAUGGAGAUCUCAGUUCUCUUUGUCCAACAGUUUAUUAGACAAGAAAAUAAAUAAACUUGGACUUUCCCUGUUCCAAUGUCAUUUUUACUCAGAAUCCUAGGUAUAAGAAUUAUUUAUCUUUCCAAGAAAACUUUAUUAAAAUACUUUGGGAAAAAUAAAAAAGUUUAUUGAAUGUAAUUCAUCCACAGUGUAUAAAGAUUAAAUCCUGCAAGGGAGAUAAAUUAACAUUAAUAAGAAAUUUUCAAUCUUUUUCAGUGUUUAAACAUUGGAAAGGGCAAUAGCUAUAAAUCUAAAUCCAGCUUUUCUUCUUUCUGAAGCUGUUCUCAGAAUCUUCCUUUAGACAAAACAUCCACAGACUAAAAACAGAGGUAUCAUCGUUGAAGCACUGAAAAGGCAGGAAAUUAGGCUUUAGCAAAUACCUACAAGGAAUCCAUCCAUCUUGUAUAAAUGUCAUAAGUUAGACUUCCUAAAACAAAUGAAACAGAGUCAUCAAAACU